AGCUGGUAGCAUCGCUGAAACCACAGAGCUGGUUCCUGGCUUAUGAAAACCUUCUUUUAUGUAAAAACAACAUGUACUCCAAGUACUAGGAUUUAUUUACCGUCACGUGGCGCAGGCAGCAGGCCUCCAUCAUCGGGAUCAACUGCUGACAGUCCAAGUACAGAAUAAACCAUGAAGAAGAAAAGCAGACGUCCAAGGUCAUGUGAGACUUCACGACAGACCAGCAGGACACAGAUGACAGCGAGCGUCAGUGAGGAGAAGAGGACAUCUGGAAACAGAGGGAGACCUCGAAAGACUGUUCCUGUCACCACAGACAAUUUUUACCAUGGUACCGCUGCAACAGACAAGACUGUUAACUUAGACUUCAGUGUGAGAGCUGCUGACGCCACACAGAAACAUCCAGAGAGCAAGUCGAGGUCUUCAGCCAGACUAUCCACUGCUAUCUGCCGGCUCUGCCAUGGAAAGUUCUCUCCACGCAGCCUGCGGCACGCCUUCAACAGGUGGUCUCAAGAUUCCAUCGAUAUUGUUGACGAUGAGUCAGACGCCGCGGCCCCGUCACCCCUUUUAUUCCACACAGAUUUCCAGCAACUGGUCGGGGUCCAGUUGAACCGUGACCCCCGUUUAUCAGAGUUUAUCUGCAAGAAAUGCCAUGCCAAGUUCUACAAGUGCCACAGCAUCCUGAUCAGGUUUCUGCAAAGAGUCAAUCUCCCGCCAGUUGGGAAAGAGAACCUCAAAAGCCGGAAGAGAGCAAAGUGUCCCGAGUCAUCAGUAAAUCAAGGUUCAAUAACACCACCGUCCUUUACCUCGGACUCUAAGUGCCUCCACAGUCUGGUGUCCUGGGCUCACCACCACGGAGAGGCCUGCCGCUCCUGCCCCGACCUGAAGGAGGUGCUGAAGGGCCAGUGCUGGGGCUCUGUUAAGGCCGUGUGGGGUUGUGUUGACGGUCACAGAUACAUCAUGGACACUCAGUGCACCACUACUACUAAUCCAGGUUACACAAUGAACUUUAGCAGUGGAGUGUUAGGGAGUGGCAAUGGCGAUGGAGUGAUGUCAGAGGAGGAUGAACUGGAGCAGGAGGAGGAGGAAGAUGAAGUAGAACAGCCCAGUGGGAAUGGAAGGACCCCAGGUGGAAGUAUAAGCACUCUGGAUCAACACAGUCCACCAACAGUCAUGGCACAGACUCAGAGCUCAGCACUGGUUGACUGGGCCAGCAACACUGAAGAUUUUACAGGUCAUGAGGAGCCUUUGUCUCCUGCUCUGGCCCAGCUGGAGACAGGACAGCUGACAGUGAUGUGUCUGACAGGGUCAUCUCUGAGGAUGAAUUUGAGGAGAGUAGAAAAGGAGGGUUGUCAGACGACGAGCUGUUCGAGCCGUACUCAGACAAGAGAAGAGGAGCUGCCCACAAUCUACAAGUGUCCGUAUCAGGGUUGUACCGCUGUGUAUCGAGCUCCUGACGGUUUGAAGGCUGCAACAAGGUUGUUCAUGAUCGACUGCUACCUGCAGCGACACGUCAAGCUCAUCCACACAGGUGAGGUCAACAAAGGUUUUAGGAAGAGGAACUACAUCUGUGACCAGUGUGGUCAGACCUUCAAACAGAGUGACGCAUGCUCUUCAAGUUCACUUGCAGAUGAGGGCAUUCAGGAGCCUACAGCCACUGAUUUUCCAUCAUAUUGUACAGUGGAGAUCAACGCCCGCCCCUCACCCCUUUUAUUCACACAGAUUUUCCAGCAACUGUGUGGUCCAGUAACCGUGACCCCCGUUUAUCGAGGGUUUAUCUGCAAGAAAUGCCAUGCCAAGUUCUACAAGUGCCACAGCAUCCUGAUCAGGUUUCUGCAAAGACACCACCGUCCUUUUACCUCGGACUCUAAGUGCCUCCACAGUCUGGUGGUGUCCUGGCUCACCACCACGGAGAGGCCUGCUGCCUGCUCCUGCCCCGACCUGAAGGAGUCUCCACACAGUCAUGGCACAGACUCAAGCUCAGCACUGGUUGACUGGGCCAGCAACACUGAAGAUUUUACAGGUCAUGAGGAGCCUUUGUCUCCUGCUCUGGCCCAGCUGGAGGACAGGACAGCUGACAGUGAUGUGUCUGACAGGGUCAUCUCUGAGGAUGAAUUUGAGGAGAGUAGAAAAGGAGGGUUGUCAGACGACGAGCUGUUCGAGCCGUACUCAGACAAGAGAGCUCGCAGGGUGACUGUCUCCAACAAGAGAAGACGAAGCCCAAAGGCCCCAGAGGAGCCAAAAAUCAAAAAGAAACCUGGACCCAAACCUGGCUGGAAGAACAAGUUCAAACCUAAAGGAGAGGAGCUGCCCAACAUCUACAAGUGUCCGUAUCAGGGUUGUACCGCUGUGUAUCGAGCUCCUGACGGUUUGAAGAAGCACAUCAAGGAACAUCAUGAGGAGGUGAGAGAGCGACCCUGCCCCCAUCCUGGCUGCAACAAGGUUUUCAUGAUCGACCGCUACCUGCAGCGACACGUCAAGCUCAUCCACACAGAGGAGAGGAACUACAUCUGUGACCAGUGUGGUCAGACCUUCAAACAGAGGAAGCAUCUCUCAGUUCACCAGAUGAGGCAUUCAGGAGCCAAGCCACUGCAGUGUGAGGUGUGUGGCUUCCAGUGUCGACAACGAGCGUCACUAAAAUACCACAUGACCAAACACAAGGCAGAGGCCGACCUGGAGUUUGCAUGCCUGAUAUGUGGGAAGCGUUUUGAGAAACCCCACAACCUGAAUGUCCAUAUGUCCAUGGUCCACCCACUGACUCAAGUUGAGGCUCAGAGAGGCGGCAGCCAGCAGCAGCAGCCGUAUUCUGACUUGCACACCAUCACACUGACCGGGGAGGUGGUUCCGCAGGACCAGGACAGAUGACAGCAGGGAGUUCAGGUCCAGGUCUGCUGCAGGGGUACAUAAACUGUGGGACAGGGACCAGUUCUGACAACCUGUACUGUGGUUUUCAUUUCUUUACAUUCACUUCAUGGACUGGGAUGGGACCCGAAACAGAAGUUUCAUUUUAGUGGAUAGUGACCAAUCUACUGACAGUUAGCAUCAAGCCACCUCAUGGUCGGCUGUGAUUCUUAUUCCAGAAUGAAUUUAUUUCAUUGUCAGGACAAUUUCCGACCAAGGAAACCACAUGUUUAGGUUUUAGCUUGUUUUGGGGGAACACGUGUAUCACUGACAGGCGCUGCAGUGUAACCUGAUGCUUGAGAGUGAAGGCUGUAACUUUGUCACAGUAAGAUAUAUUCUACUAACAGAUUUUAAGAAAUUCAAAGUUGUAAUCCUUAAAAUUUUAUUUCGGUCUGAUUUGGUGACCCCUGUUGCUACCAUGGUAACAUGGUAAUACUACUCUCAAUGAGUAGUUACUUAGAAAUACAACAGAAGAGCAGCUGGUUUUUCUGUUUACAGAGCAGCCAGGCAAACAUUUAGUUAAGUCUGCACACAGUGCCAGUAGUUUGUUACUUGGCUGAGGAGUUGGACGUAUAUGGCAACUCUUUAUCUAACAGCUCGCUGUGGCUGCUCCUGACUCUUCAUUACCCCGAACAGUUUUCACAAUGAAUCUGAUGUCUAAAAACAACCAAAAUGACUCGUUCUGUAGACGCAUUUUUGAUGAACAGUUGCAGUCAGCACUGUGACAAAUACACUGUUUCCUGUCACUGCUUCACAAUAAAAGUCAACCGGCGUUUCCACCGCUGAAUGCUUUUAAUGUGAAGCAUUAGCAGUAGGAAAUAUUGGGUUUGUAUUUGCAGUAACUUAAUAUCUCUGAUGUGUUCAAAGGCUGCAAGGCUGAUAUCAACAAAACUGAAUUACAUACAUAUAGAUAAUUACAGUGUUCAUAUAUUGAAUGGCUAUUGCUGAAAAAACAUGAAUAGUAUCAAAAAAUUUGACUGAAUUAAAAUUUUAUGGAUUAUAAUUUUUUAAAGAAACAACCACUUCUGGUGCCUCUGAUACAGAUUAUUUUACACUGCCUAUGAACCAAAUGGAGCUUUUUAUUUCAGAGCAGCAGCCACGUAUUAAUGACUGUGUAACCUACAUAGAUGCAGUUUUAAUUCCUAUAAUGUGAUACUCUUGUUAUCCAAAUACAUGUAAAAAAUGGCCUGUUACCUCCUCACAGUGCAAAAUGAUUUCCAAGAACAUACGGUUCAGUUUUCUUAGGUGAGUUUUUUGUUCUUAAGUUAUUACAGUGCUCAGUACAUUUUUAAGAGUUUAUCUCUGUAUUGUAAACAACAAAAAGGGCUUCAGAUGUACAUGUGUAAAGUUGUGUGUGCAUUAUGUACAAAAAGACGUAAAUAAAAUGUAGGCGUUUUUUACAAAGCUGAGUAUCAACACUUUUUUAGACUUUACAGUGAAGUAAAUAUUACUGAGGAACAUGUUUCUGUUGGAUUGCAGCAGCAAAGAACCACCAAACAGAACCGAGUGUAUAGUCAGUUACAAUGACCGUCAAAGAGACACCUCUAAAGCUCAGGGGAGCGGAUAAGUCUUUAGCCAGAUUCUCUGCCUC